AUGCUCUUCCUCAAGACCAUUGCUCUGGCUGCCACUGCCGUUCUCGCCCAGGUGUACGAGCCCACCUCUGAUAUCCACUUUUACGCCCAGUCUCAGGACAAUGUGGCUCCCUGGUCCCAGUCUCUUCUGACCGUCCAGGACUCUACUCUCGUGGCUGUCACCACCCUGACCCCCAACGAUACCACCUCUGCCUUCGACACCCACGAUGACAACUUCAUUGCUCGAAACGGCAAGUUCCUCGCUGCUACCGCCAACAACGGCCUGGUGCUGUCCGACUCUGCUCCCACCCGGCAGCUCAAGUGGGUCUCUGGCUCUCUCAACGUUGUUGACAACGGCAAGACCUCUCAGCUGGUUGCCUGCCCCUCCACUGCCAACAACACCUGGGUUAUCACUCUCAACUCCAACUGUACCAAGGGUUUCCGAGUCGCUGUCAAGCCCCGAACCAUCGCCAAGAACACCAACACCUUCUCUCAGAUCCCCGUCAACAUCACCCACUCUUCCUCCAACAUCACUGGCCCCGUGUCCAUCACUAAGCCCGAGCCCGCCAAGGAGGACGAUAAGCACAACGGAGCCAUGACCAACAGCGCUGGCGCUGUGGUUGUUGCCGUUGCUCUUGUUGCCGUUCUUUUCUAA